ACCAGUAAGCGGCAGCAACGCAUUCAAAACGUUUGGUUUGGGAACGGCGAGAGAGCGAGGACUGAGUGAGAGAAAGAAGUGGGGAUUCGGGAGACCGGUAGCGGCGAUGGAUCUGAAGCAAGCGGGAUCCUCCCUCGACGCCGUCGUCUCCUCCUUCCACACCCGCAUCGUCGAACUGCAGGAGCUCGUCAUCGCCCGCAACAUGUAUCCCUCCACCAGCAUGCCCGAUCUGUCGGCGGUCGACGCGACCCUGAAGACGAUGGAGUCGCAGAUCCAGGCGAUCAAGGACCGACUACAAGAGGAGAGAAACGCUAUCCCUAAGGCCAAGAAACUCAUCGAUCUGUCCCAGCGGCAGCAAAGAAAGCUGCAGCACAUGCUCGCCCAUAUGCCGCCUUCGAUGCUUAAGAACCAAAGCCGAUCGGUUCAAAACCCCUCUUCGAGCUUGGUGCCUGAUGAUUCGGGUCCCGAUACAUUGCACGAGCCUUGUCAUCUCAAGGAGGAGCCUGUUGCUAUGCUCAAGGGGAAGAAGGGUCCAUCUCCUGCACCGCGGUGGUAUAUUUCUGCCGAGGAACUGGAUUCACUGUCUUCUUAUAUGAGGGGAAGGCUUACUUUGGACAAGGUCAAUAUUGCUAUCAAUGAGAUAGCUAUGUAUGCAGAAGCAAAUUCUCAUCUCGUCUCAUGCCCAAAGAAGAAGCUAGCUGAAGACACCUGGGAAAAAGCUCUUGAACUAAGAGACAUAGCAACAACUGAAGCAGUGAAAGGCAAGCACUUUUUCCUGGAAACAGACAUAAAAGGACCAGGACUGAAACUUGACAAUACGGGAAAAGCAAUUUUGACAGUCCUUCGCCAUCUCGGCCGUAUUCUUGAAGCUCGCAUCGGUCAUCACCGUGUGUUUAUCCUCUCAAAACCUCAUUGAUGCCUUUAUCAUUGUUUUUCUAGUAGCUGAUUUCCCAGCAUGUUUAAGAUUGGCUAUGAUU